GUCGUCUUAUAUGAUUGGAGGAGAGCGAGCCGGCUCGCGGUCAGCCAUUGGUUGCGUCACAUGUCAGUAAGGUCGGCGGGCAGUGACGUCAGCACGUCUGACACACGCAGCCUCUUCCCGCGUGGUGGCGACAGAAGCAGAUAUCGAUGAUGUGGACAGUGAAGGCAGUUGGCCUCGGGGUGGUGGCCCUCUCUCUGAGCUUGGAGCUGUUUGCUUGGCUCCGCCGGCGCCUCAAGCCGGGACGAACCCUCCAUGAGGUCCUCUUCUUCCCCUCAGAGAUGGCCUGUGUGCAGCACAUCUUCGUUCCCUCAGAUUCCUGUUUGUGCCCAUUGCCUCAUGGCGUUGAGACCUCUUUCUCCCGUCUUCUCUGCCGCAUCCUCUCUGCCAAGUCUUCUUUGGACGUGUGCAUUUUUUGCUUUUCUAACAUGGAUCUAUGCAGGGUUUUGUUAGCGCUGCAGAUCAAGGGCGUAACCAUCCGAGUCCUCACUGACAAGGACUACGCUGCCAUCCCUGGAUCCCAGAUAGGGGUCCUCCGCGAGGCCGGGAUCUGUGUGCGCUGUGACGGGACCCCUGUGUACAUGCACCACAAAUUUGUAGUGGUGGACGGACGGCUGCUCAUCACUGGCUCCCUCAACUGGACGCUGUCAGCAGUGCAGAGCAACAUGGAGAACGUCCUCAUCACGGACGAGCCCGAGCUGGUGCGACCCUUCAUCGCAGAGUUCAGCAGGUUAUGGGCGUUGAACGAUCCGGCUCGAAAGCAUCACGCAGUCGACCAAAAACCUGCUCACGUUGUCUCUAGAACCCGUGACUAAUAAGCUGUGAUGGGUGUUUAAUCAGAGGAAGUGAGGUUGAAGGUCUGUAUGUAAAAAACUUGCAGUCAGCUUACCUCCAGAAUCUAUAUUGUCUCGUUAUAGACUCGUUACUUUAAGUUCUUGAAGAUUUGUUCAAUCGAAGAUGUUGCUGUGGAAGAUGACAGGAGUUGAAAGCCUUUAAUAUGUAUAUAAGAAGAUAGGCCUGAUUUUGACAUCUAUCAGGCAGAAUCUGGUUUAUUUCUUUAUAAAUUGUACAUCACUGUGUACAAAAACACUACUGUUGAAGUGGUGUAAUCGUCCGCUUGCCACAGACUUAAGAUGAGGAUAUUAUCUCAUAUAUAAUUUGGCCUGUUUAAAAAAAAUGUAAUCCCCUGUUACGGUUAGUUUAGAACAUUUCUUAAGUUUCAAAACCUUGUUUAUAUUUGUACAUACUGUGUCACAGAUUGGAAACAUGUUAUAACAGCCAAAACAGCUUAUUUUGUUUGAUUUUCACUGGUGACUACAUUGAUCUUGUUCCUUCGUAGCCAAUACAUGAUCAAUAAUCUAUUAUUUUAUAUACACAGA